ACCGUGUGUGCGCGUGUGUGGAUGCGUUUUUUUCGUAACCUCUGAAUAACGAUGAUCGCUUUGCCUAUGAUAACAUCUGUAUCGACUCGCGUUUAGUCAUAGGCGCGGCGAGAACGGCAGGUUGGUUAGGUAGUUAAUAUGGGAGGUAGCCCGGGAAAUAAUUAACGCUGCGCACUCGCGCAUGAGCAAAAAAUGAAAAAAAAAAACAAAACGAAAAUGAUAUUGUAAGAAGUCUAACCGCGGACCGGGUAUUCCGCGGCGUCCGUCGCGGCGACACUGCCGAGCCGGCAGCCCGUCCCUUUUCCCGACGACCGUCUGCCGAACGCCCCGCGUCCGUCCGAGCGGUGCUGCAGGCGAACAUGAGCACGGUUAGACUGGUUAGAAUACGGUAUGCGGUAUAUCAGUUUGAGUUUAUACACGCACCGCACGUCCCAUUACCGCUCCUCGUACUACUAGUUCACGGGCCGAGUUCGCACUCCGCAGUCCGCAGUAGUGGCGGAGUGCUCGGUUCGUUCGGUUCGUAUCGGGUUAUAUAUUUUUAUUUUUUUAUUAUUUUUUUUUUUUUUUUCAAUAUUUUACCAUAUUGCUACGUCACGUAUUUUGCCGCCGCCGCCGCCGCCGCCUCCGUGUAACCGAACGGACACGACGCGAUAAAAUAGUUUUUCUUUUUUCAAAUGUUUUUCUCGAAACGCGUAUAUUGCGCGCGAUUGGUUUAAUUAAUCAAUCGAUAAUGUUAUUAUCGUCCGUCGCGAUUUUUAUGUGACAGGACGGCACGAGACGCGCCCGGAUAUGCGUUCACGCCGAUAACGACGGUAUUGCACCCGUGUCCGAAGUGAAUGCCCAGUUCUAUUAUUAUUCCCGUGCAAUAAUCGGAUCCCGUGAACCAUGUCGGCGGACACUACCAAGUGCCAGCUGAGCAUCGUCGACAUGCUGCUGAACGACACCGCGACGCUGGACGUGUUCGACAAGUCUGCCGGGUCGGUGGCCGGUGACGAUGCCGACGUAAGUGGCUUAAAAUAAUUAAAAUAAUAAAAAAAAAAAAAAAAAUUACGAUUUUUUUUCUAGUUGCCUACGAUAUUUCUCUACGCCUCUGUCCCGCCCCGACGGCGGGCGGGCGUAGGCGGAGGGCGGUGUCCCCGCGUAUUUUAUCGUGUUAUGCUAAAGUCGGUUUCCGUUUGUUUUUCUUUUUCGGUUUUUUUUCUACGAACCCGUAGAAAGUCAACUGGGACCUGGGAAACGACAGUUUCCUCGACUCGUUGCUGAAAAUGGAAGACGACUCGUCGCCGUUCGAAUUCCUGUCCAGCAACGACGACUUUAUGUCCAGCGCGGCCACCACACCGAGGUCCUACGACAACGCCGAGAGCAGUUCUUGUUCUGACAGUGGUACGCUACUAAACACCAUACACUUUACUUAUUACCGUCCUCCUCGAUUUUGUGUCUUUUUUUCGUCCCAGCAUUUACCAAGUACUUACGCACGAGUGUUUUCCGAUACUUGUGAUUGUAUGCAAAUAAUAUACCCCUUUUGAUUAUCUACCUAACCCUACUGCAGUGUAAUCUGGUUCCCGUUCAAUCAAUCUACAAGUCUCAUUUUAAGAACAACUGUACUAGUUCAACCAACAAACCAUAUGUUACGUAUAUAUUUUGACAAAUAUUUAUUUCCAUAUGUUAGUUACAUUGAAAAUCUAUUUAUUUUUUUUUUUACGCUUUGGUUCUUUAACGUUUUAAUAACUAAAUUAUUUAGAUGAAUUACAACAUCAAGUGUACUAUACAAUUAUUGAUAACAAAGUAUUUAAUUGUAUAAAAUACAUUAAUAAUUUGACAUAAAUUUGUGAUAGUCGAUAGGUAAUUGAAUGAAACUAUAGGUAUUAGCUCGUUUAUUAGUCUCUAUAUUUACUUUUACAGACAUGUUUGCAUUGUAUGUAUUACCUAUACACAAACAUUCAAUUCAAGCAUUUAAAGGAAUUUAAACGCACAUUUUUGAUAACAUAUAAAUGUGUAUAGGACUUUCAUCUGUGGAUCAUAUGCCAUUCAUUCCAAAUUCAGAAUCAUCUAAGUCUCAUGACGCUGUGUUCAAAGAGGAUUUGGAUAUCAACUCAUUUGAUUCUUUUGUCAAAGAGGAAGUAAUUGAUGUUGAUGACGAUGAUGAUAAUGAAAUUGAUAACAAUAAUGAUGAAGACAACAGUAGUAUAAAUGAAAAUCUAACAAUGUUUCAACAACCACAAUUAUUGAAAACCACACCUCGCACAGUAGUAAUAUCAUCUAAACAAUCAAAAGGGCCAAUUGCAAUUAACAAACAUUUGUCAAAACCAGUUUUUAUACCGAUCAAUUUGUCUAAUAUCAAAACAAUUAAGGUGAGAUAGAAUAUUCCAGGUUUUAUUGAAAUUUAUCUGGUGACACUGACAGUUUUCUCAAAUCUGUGAAUUCUUGCUAUUGUUAUUGUAUAUUUUUAUCAUGAAAUGUGUAUUGAUUGUAAAUAUGUUUUCUAAAAAAUAAUUUAAACCGUUAAUUUUAUAAACAGGUAGUCAAUCAAAAUGGUAAACCCAUAAAUGCUGAAGCAUUUAGACGGAUACAGUCUAUAAAUAAUGGAAGACGGAUAUUUGUGAGGAAUAAUGGUUCUAUGGUAUCAAAAUCCAUGCCAAUUAUGAAACAGAACAAAGUAAUGGUAUCAGAUUGCACAAGUGAUGAAUCUGAUUCUGUGUAUCCCCGCCUUCAUUUAACAAGUAAGUUUUAUAAAUAAAACUGUAUGAAAUUUACUUUUGAUAAUUUAAUAUUUUGUUCUUAAUUUAAAGAUGAAGAAAAAAAAUUAAUGGAAAAGGAAGGUGUUAAAUUACCUUCACAUUACCCUCUUACUAAACACGAAGAAAGAGAUUUAAAACGAAUUCGUCGAAAAAUAAGAAAUAAGAUUUCAGCACAAGAUUCGAGAAAACGAAAGAAGGAAUAUGUUGACGGCCUCGAAGAAAGGUAUGGAAAAAAAUUAAAACUUUCAUGUCUUAAUAGGUACAAUAUGUGAUUAAAAAUCACUAAGUAUGUCACAAUUAUACUAUAUUUAUGGUUACAAUGACAUAGUAACAUUAAUAUUAAAAUUAUUACUAUAUCACAAGAAAUAAAUACAAAUUAAAUUAAGUAAAUUUGUCAUAACAAUAUUAUAGAUUAUAUAAUAUACGUCAAAUAUAGCAUGAUUUAUUUUAGGGUUAAACAAUGCUCUGAUGAAAAUAGUCAGCUAAUGAAAAAUGUGCGUGCACUUCAGACUGAAAACGAACGUUUGAAAGCAGCAUUGAAGCGUUUACAAAAUGCUAUCGCUCCAGGUGGUACAACAGCACAACCUGCCACGUGCUUGUUAGUUCUCAUGAUGUCACUUGCCUUAAUAGCGGCACCCAAUUUAAGACCAAAUGUAGCUGACGAAAAGGAUGUAUUGUCUAUAGAGGGUCAAGAGUCUAGUACAGCUGUUCCAGGUUAAUAUACAAUAUUAUGAUGAAUUAGUUAGAAAAUAAUAACAUAAUUAGUGACUAACAUAUUUUUGUAUAUAAUUAGGUCGAUCGAGAAACUUGUUGUUCUCCAAGUCGGGAUCACCCUUGAGCACAUCAAAUUUGAAAGAUAUGUUAAACGUGGUUGCUAAUGGAUCAGCCACCGAUGGACAAAGCGAAAAGAUCAUGGCUGAACUUGGUGAACUUUUGGAUUUCAACGGAUUGGUACGCAAUAAAGAUCACGAUUACACUAGAUCUAGAACGACAAUGGAAGAUUAUUAUGUACCUGAUUCUGACGAUGGUUGGAACAAAGGUACCAAACGCUCUGCUCCGUCUGAAUGGAUUGAUGAAUUGAUAACACCAGUUGUGAAAAGUAGGCACGAGGCAGAGCGAGUAAUUCUCUUGUCAAGUGAUGAAGAAUCUUAUUAAACAGAAAAAAACCAAAUUAAAUUGGUGAGCGCAACAAGAGUUCUUACGGUAUGUCACUGUUAUACCACUAACCGAAUGAUUAAUGCACUUUAGUGGUAUAACAAUAUCUCAAUUCCAUUUAUAUUUUAUUUUUCGUGUGUUAUUAAGGUCAUUUUUACCUUAGGCUUCUCGGUAAAAAAAUAUUUUUAGACAAAUGUUAUUUAUAUAAACCACCUACACAAAUUUGCUUUUAACUAUUAUUGAUAUUUUAUUGUAAUAUUAUAUUAUAUAUUUAGUAUUAGGGCUUUCAACUAGGUAAUGGGACAUAUAUACAAUAUUAGUAAAUAUUAUUAAUUAUUAUUGUAAGUUAUGUGAAUUAUAAAUGUUGGUUUUUGUAAUUAUUUUUUUUCUUCAAAAUAUAUUGUAUUAUCUUUUGUUGCGUGAAUCAAAUUUAAAUUUGGACAAAUUAUUUAUUUACUUAUUUUUAUUUAUCAAUUUCAUAUUAUAAUUUCCUUUGGUUUUUAUAAAAGCUGAAAUUCUGUAUUAAUUGUUAUUCCAAAUUAUAAAAAAACACAUGUUUAUUAACGUAUAUUUUAUCAGUGUGUGAUGUUAGGCUUGGUAAAAACAUAGGAUUACUAUUAGAUACAUUAUCAUAUUGAUUAUAUUUAGGGAAAGGGGAAUGAUUUUUUAACAUCAGCGACGAAAAGUGAUGGACCAAAAUAGUUUUCUGACAUUUAUGAUC